AUGGCGCGUUAUAUGGAUGCUUUUGAGGACACUGGUGCGCACCGAGGUUCGGACUGUGGUGAUAUUCUGGAGUUAAACCAGUUUGACGGGCUUCCUUUUUCCUCUCGGUAUUACGAACUAUUGAAAGAGAGAAAAACGCUUCCAGUUUGGGGAGCCAAAUUUAAAUUCACGACCUCUGUUAUUAAAAACCAAGUUGUCAUUGUAAGUGGAUCAGCAAAAACAGGACAAAGCACACAGAUCCCUCAGUGGUGUGCAGAGUUUUGUCUCUCUGUGCAGUACCAGCAUGGUAUGGUGGUGUGCACUCAGAUCCACCAGCAAACCACAGUGGAACUUGCUCUGAGAGUGGCUGAUGAGAUGGAUGUGAACAUAGGACAUGAAGUGGGCUACAGCAUCCCUCACCAGAACUGCUGCAGUAUUGAUACAGUGCUUCGGUACUGUACUGACGACAUGCUGCUACGUGAGAUGAUGUCAGACCCUCUGCUGGAGCAGUAUGCUGUGGUCCUCGUUGAUCAAGCUCAGGAGCGUACAGUCAGCACAGACCUUCUCCUUGGUUUGCUUAAGGACGUGCUGCUAGCGAGGCCUGAACUGCGCCUUGUUAUCCUCACCGCACCUCACUCCGCUGACAAGCUGUUGCACCACUAUGGAAAUGUCCCCCUGAUCCAACUCGAGGCAGCACAGCCCUGUGAAGUGGUGCAUGGCACAGGGAUGGAGGGUGUGAAGGACUAUCUGUGCUCGGCUCUCCGACUGGCUUUGGACAUCCAUCAGACUGAGGAGCCUGGAGAUAUUGUGGCAUUUCUGGCUACUGAACAAGAGAUUGAAUGUGCUUAUGCUAUCCUGCGGCGAGAAGGGGCCAAUGUAGCGUCGUCGCUAGGUGAGCUCAAGCCUGUGUUGCUCUGUCCAAACCAGAGAGACAAGGUAUCAUUUCUGUCUAAGCAGGAGAGCCAGUGCAGGAGAGUCUUUCUCACCUGUGGACCCACUGAGGACAUUUUUUGGGCCACACAUAGCAUCCACUUCAUCAUUGACACGGGAGUACAGAAGAGAUAUGUGUACAACCCUCGAAUCAGAGCCAACUCCAUCGUCAUUCGACCAAUUAGCAAAAGCCAAGCCGAUAGCCGCAAACAGUUGGUUGGAUCAAGUGGAAAGUGCUUCUGUUUGUACCCGGAGACCACACCCCUUCCUUCUGAGAGCGUACCUCAUAUGUUGGAGUCUGACAUCACUUCCACUGUACUUUUUCUUAAAAGGAUGGAGAUUGCUGGGCUUGGUCACUGUGACUUUAUCGAUAGGCCAGAUCCUGAGGGACUGAUGCAAGCUUUAGAAGAGCUUGAUUACCUGGCAGCUCUAGAUAAUGAUGGAAAUCUAUCUGAGAUAGGAAUAAUAAUGUCUGAAUUUCCUAUGGAGCCCCAAAUGGCUAAGACUCUGCUAGCAUCCUGCGAGUUUGACUGUGUGAGUGAGGUGCUUACCAUUGCUGCCAUGUUAACAGCUCCAAGCUGUUUCCUGGUUCCUUCUGUGGAGUUCAAACAGCAGGCCGCAGAGUGUCAUCAGAGCUUCAGUCAUGCGGAGGGAGAUCACUUCACCCUCAUUAAUGUGUACAACACCUACAAACAUCAUCAGCACAGCACAUAUUACAGCAUAGAGCAGUGGUGUGACGAACAAUUCCUGAGCCGAACUGCUCUUGAGACAGCUGACGCAGUCCAUGCAGAGCUUACUGAUAUCCUGAAACGAUUAGAGCUGCCAGUGUCCUCUCCAGCAUUUGGCACCAAGACCAACACAAUGAACAUAAAACGGGCACUGCUGUCCGGUUUCUUCAUGCAGGUGGCAAGGAACAUUGAUGGUACAGGAAAUUACUUCAUACUUACCCACAAGCAUGUGGCUCAGAUUCACCCUCUCUCUGGCUAUGGAACCAAACCAGCCCAGCAAAAACUUCCUGAGUGGGUUUUAUAUCAUGAGCACAUGCUGGCUGAGAAUAACUGCAUCCGAACCAUCACCCAGAUUUCAGCACAUGAGUUCAUCCAGUUGGCUCCUCAGUAUUUCUUCUACAACCUGCCCUCUAGUAAGAGUAAAGAGCUACUGCAGCACAUCAUCGAACAAGGCUCAGCAGCUGCACAGGGUAAGAGCAAGAACAAACCACAAAGUCUGAAGAGCACCAGCAGUGAAGAACAGUCCUACGAACGCUGUGUCAUACAGUAACUGUAACGUAACGUCUGACUGGACGUUUACACACAGGGUAUGCAGAAGUAAAGACGAAAUCCU